AUGAAUUCAUAAUUUCCACCUUUAAAUAAUUAAGAAGACCAAUAAUAACAACAAUAAUAACCAAAGUAGCAACCUCCUCCUUAAUAAAAUACUAUCUAAUAAUACCCUAUUUUCUAUAUAAAACCUAAUACGUAAAAUACAAAAAAUAAAAUAGUUUUCCUAUACCAAAUAUUCAAUAGUAAAAUACAAUUGAUCAUUACAAUUCUUGGUUUGUUUGUCAUCCAGUUAUGCCUGAUGACCCAUAUUUAUCAUACCUUUCUUAACUUUCUAGUAUUAUACAAAAACCUUAAACAUUCUAAAAUGAGGUCCCAAUCAAACUUGAGGUUGAUGAAGUUAUCGUAAAACCACUAAUUUAAAAUUAAGCAAAUUUGAAAUAGCAAAGACUUCAAUAACUCUAAAAUUAGACUAAAAUUAAACAAACUGAUCAUGCAAUAGGAUCAAAUAUUUAGUUUUGUAAAUGUUCUUAAAGUAGUUGUCUAAAAAGAUAUUGUUAAUGUUUUCAAAGUGGAAGAAAGUGCUUGGAUAAAUGUCAAUGCAUUGAUUGCAAGAAUUGUUCAUAAUUUUCAUAGGAAAGAGACUCAGCAAUUAAUAAGAAAUUUUAAGGAAAUAUUCCAAGUGAUAAAUAGCUAUCUUAAUAAAAUAAUAAUGGCUGUAAAUGUAGAUCCACAGGGUGCUUAAAAAAAUAUUGUGAAUGCUUCAAAAAAGGAUAAAAAUGUCUAGAGUUAUGUUCUUGUUAAGAUUGCUAAAAUAUUUCAUAUAGUAUAAGUAGUAAAGAUGAAGUGAAAAAAAAAAUAAAUUUAUAAAAUAAUUGA